ACAGAUUUGUUUUUGUUUCUGUUUUAUUUUUUCGUCAACACUACGGGUAUCGAGUGACUCUUAAAAAAUGGCAGAAUGCGACUGGGACACGGUGACUGUUCUGAGGAAGAAGGGACCGACUGCUGCCCAGGCCAAAUCCAAGCAGGCUAUUACUGCUGCUCAGAGGCGUGGGGAGGAGCUUGAGACAACCAAGAAAUGGACUGCGGGGCAGAACAGGCAGCACUAUGUGACAAAAAACACGGCCAAACUGGACAGAGAGACAGAGGAGCUGCACCAUGACCGGGUUCCUCUGGAGGUGGGAAAAGUCAUUCAGCAAGGCCGACAGGAGAAAGGCCUCACCCAGAAAGACCUGGCCACUGUGAGUAUGCAGGCACCUCACAUGGUUAGGUGCUAGAAAAAAAGUCAGCUC